CUUUAUUAUUAAGAUCAUUUGCAAUCAGUGUCUUUAAAUAUAUUUGAAACAAUGGAUCGUUGGCAGCAUAAGAUCGCUGUAGUUACCGGUGCCAGUACGGGUAUAGGCUGGGCCAUAGCACAAGAACUUUUAAACUGUAAAAUAAAAGUAAUAAAUCUAUCGUUGUCUUUAAAAAGUGGAGAGGAAUUGAAGAGAGAAUUAAGCCCCCUUGAAGAAUCUAUAUUCUUUCAAAAACAAUGUGAUUUAUCACAACUGGAAUCUUUAAAAUCAGCUUUUUCAUGGAUUGCGAAUAAAUUCGAUAACAAGUUACAUAUACUAAUUAACAAUGCGGGUAUUUGUGAAUUUUCGCGUAUCCUAGAUGAGGGAAAUGAAGAAUCUCUUAAACGUAUGAUUGAUACAAAUCUAAUGGCGGCGGUUUUUUGUAGCAAAGAAAGCUAUAAACUAAUGAAAACUGCAAUGAAUCGAGAAGAAGAAUGUCAUAUUAUUAACAUAUGCAGCCUCUUGGGUCAUCACAUUAUGCCACAUAUACCCGAUUGUGGUUUUAAUUUGUAUCCCGUAGCCAAGCAUGCUCUACGUGCUACCAAUGAGGUUUUGAGAAGAGAAUUAGCGGGCGAUAAGUUAAUACGUUUGUCGUCUCUUAGUCCCGGCAUAACGUCUACAAAAUUUGGUUCCUAUAGCGAGAAACCUUCUCACUUGCAAAAUUUACCCGAUUUUCCUCAACUUUUGCAACCUCAAGAUAUCGCUAGAGCAGUGAAAUUUAUUUUGGAAUCACCUUUACAUGUCACCAUAGCGGAAAUGUUAGUUGUACCCACUUCAGAGAAAUACUAACAUCAUAAAUUUCCAAAUAAAAGAAAAGUUCCCCGUAAACUAGGGUUCUAUAGUUGAAACGAAAAGUCGACUUUUUGCAUUUUUUGAAAAGUCGACUUUUUGCUUUUUAUGAAAAGUCGACUUUUUGCUUUUUAUGAAAAGUCGACUUUUAAUAGACAUAUUGGGAAGGAUUAACUCACCUAAAAUAUGUUCCCCGGAAAUUCCCAAUUAUGAAAUAUAAAUCCCCAGUUUCAAAAUAACUCCGAAUUCUAACAAAAACUUGCCUAAACAUCCUGUUCUAUCAACAAAUUUCAAAAUAAUAUAAAAACAAAAA